CCAAGAUCCGGACAACUUUAGGAGUCAUAGAGAAAGAAUGAUUCCAUCAGAUGGCGAAAGUUAGCCAUCUACCAAUGAGGCGCUAUCCUACCGAUCAGCCAUCGGCCGUCAAUGUAGACCCCAUCAACUUUUAUCCGCCGGCAAAUGCUACACAUCAUCGGAUUCCGAAGCCCACCCCAGACAAAAGCAAAAAAACAUGGGGCCAGCGCCUUAAGCUUAGCAAGUCAACUCCCACUGCAGAAGACAAGCAGAACGGUUCACACAACGGAACUGCAAGCGCCGGUUCUGCCCUGGUACCGUACGGUACCCGUGGCUAUGACCCAUCGCUAGACUUCAGCAGCAACGGUCCCGCAUCGCUCUCGAACGGAACCAACGCGUCCGCACACGCCAAUGUGCAUCAGCUGGUCACGAUGAAGUACGCGGAAACAUGGGUGUACGGGACGAUGCGUGGAAUGCCACCAUCCUUGGCAAUGUCACCCCACCAUCCACAUCAUCCCCACCUGUCGGCAAUGUACUGCCCUCCACCCCCACCACCGGAAGUGGCCGUACUGAUUUGCUGCUGUCCGGAGUAUCUAUCCGGAACGAAGCGAGAAAUAAAAAAGGCGAGCGUAUGCAAAAAGUGUAAGGGAUCUCGGCUGCCGCUAGCUCCGAUCGGUGGCACGGUGCGGCUCACAUCCGGUGCCACCUAUCUUGCACCUCCACCGAUCCGCUCCAGUGCUGGCACGGUAAAGCUAGCGACAACUUACGGCAAAAAGGCUCGCCCAACGAUUCUGGGGAAUGGUAACCCGGAUCCGUAUGACUUUAUGCGUCGCUCGCGGUUAACGCAACCAACGGAGAAUAGUGCUGGUGGCGGUGGAAGUUCAAAGUCGGUCAAGAGUAGUCUGAAGGAAAAGCUUAGAGGCCGUGCGAAAAGUACAAGUCCUUCGCGUGGACGUAGUGGGAGCAACGCUGGAGGAAAGCGAGGAUCGGCGGCAAGAUCUCCGUCACCGUCACUCAGCAAGAAUGGAUCACGCGUUGGAGGCCGCACUAGCGGCAAGAUGGAGCAAUCGUUUCAGGAUUGCUGGGUUGGUGAGCCGGAACGUGAUGCAGAGUUGCUGGAUGAGGGACAUCCGCCAACAACGAACCCCAGCCAAAACCGCAAAUCCAUCCUGCGGUGUGACGUGAAUCCGUAUGAUCUGAUCUCGUUGAGUGGUCUCGGAGGUGGUGCGGGAGGUGGUAUGCUCAACGAGUUCUCGCCCGACGGUGACGAGUUUGAUCUGCACUCGCAAAAGUACGAAAACAUCCUCGACACACUGUACGCCAACCGGUACAAUCCACCGGCCAACAGUAUCGCGGCAAUCAAUGGCCAAAGAAUCAAGCUGUUCGAUGACUCGGGCACCAGCGUGUCCGGUGCACCCGUGUACGACGAUGUCGAUGAGUUUGUGUACGAUCCGGUUGAGAUACCGUCGGUAGAGAUGGAAGCGAACGGUACCGAGCAGCCUACACCGGUGCUGGCCGGUACACCCGAACGACCACCACGGUCGAAAAAGCAGGAUGUGGUAACCAAAGAAGACGACAGCCGAUCCCUUCCGUCGUCACCGAUCUCAACUGAUCCGGCGGUGGCGCAAAGUGCAAUAAAAUCGAUCCUCAAACGACCGUCCUCAAUGCCAUCGGGGACGUCCACGUCGCUGACGGUGGAAAAGGAUUCGAGUGCACCGGGGUAUGAUACGAUCCGGCUAAAUCACACGCUCGUGCAACGUCUGGCAAAACUCACCACCAACGGAAGCGUUACGGAGGAGGGAACCACGUUCGGGAAGAAUGGUACUAUCAGUGCGCGGAACAGUACGGACAAGAGAAACUCUGGCUCACAGUUCUACUUGCCAACACCGUUCCCUAUGGUGGCGAUCACUACUGCCGACAGUUCACCGGACUCGGCCCAAUCAACAACAUCGGCCAGUGGACGAAAGAAGGUUCAUUUCUUGGUUGAGAAUGAAAUCAUUCACGAUGACGAUCGACUGUUCGCUCAGAUGCUUUUUACGGAGGUAGCUCCAGCGCUAGAAUCUGCCGCAGAAAUCUUAAAUGGUGUGGCGAAGGAAGAAUCCGAAACGAAACCUUCACCCACGAACAGUACUGAGCUGAAAACAUUCGGCAAAAAGGAAUCAACGCCACCAAGCGGUGUGUCUACACUGGAGGAGACUGAAGAACCUGCUAAAGUGAUACUGUUGCCAGCACCAUUACCGAUUGCAACGAAGGCAUCAAAUGGCACUAAUGAGGCGUGUACCAAACCAAGUGCGGUCGCAACCGUGUUCCAACGACGAACCGGCCCCGUUCGACGGAGCUUUAGUGACAGAUCUUCACCUACCAAGACGAAUGGUUACGAAGGGCGUGAGUCAAACGGAACUGGACCGGGGGUUGAUCAGUUUAACGAUACGAUGGCGCUACGUGUGAGAACACUCCGAACGGAUUCUCGCACAGCGUUUGAAGAUGAAACAGCUUCUUCGACGUCAUCCUCCACCUCGUCGGAUUCUUCAAUCGGUUCCGUAGCCUCACUGCUGUUGGCUGUUGGGCAGAAUGGUAAGGCACGACCAAAACUACCACCACCUCCACCACCACCACUGGUAUCUUCGAGCCCAGGGAAAUCAUCAUCGUCUCCCGCAAGUACAUCACCUCCACUCACGAGCAGAACUCGUCCUCCAACCACUGCCAGCAACAACGUGUACGAGGAUUUUUGCUUCGGCCUGAUGGCGGGCGUCAGGCGUUCGAGUAGUGAUCGGAGCAGCUCCACCUCGACCUCAUCCCGUACAGUGGUGCAGGUGCUUGCCAGCUCGUCCGCAUCCUCCUCACCAAUUUCCUCGAGCGCAGCCAUCCACCGGCUCGAAAUUCGUCACGAUCCGGAACCGGAGGAGGAACACUAUCAGAAGAAAACGUCCAUCAUGAUCACGGGCGACGAUUGCUAUUCGACCGUGAACGUCGAUGGCGCUAGUGAUACACCGAUCUACCAAUCGUCGGUGGUAGUAAACGAUGGGAGUGUGCUGUGCUCACCGACCAACGAGAUACGUCAAACGGCAUCGAACACGAUCACUAUUAGUGUGAGUUCGCCAACGUCCACGUUGGAAAGUCGGGCAAGUAAAUCAUCAAACCGGUCAGAUACGAGUGGGAGAGCUAGUUUGGGGAAAGGAGAUGAUGUUGGGGUGAAGAACGGUGAGCAGAUUACGAAUGGAACGGUUGUUUCGAUGGGCAGAGAAGAUGAGAUCUUGACCGUUACUACCGGAACGUCUAUUAUACCUAUUGGGGCAAGUAGCGUUACUGGCAGCAAUGGUCGCACUUUGAUCAAUUUGGAUUUUAGUGAACACAGUAAGACGGUUUCCUCAUCUUCAGAGAACGUUCCCUCCUCACAGUCAGUCACAACACCCGAGAGCAUCACACCGAUCGCACAAGUUCCUAGUGAAAGCAAUGACUCCAAAGAUCCACCGACUGCAGGUGAAGAUGUAAAUCAAGACACCGAACAACAACAACAGGUGGCAGUCAAACAAUGUUUGGUGGAUCUUACACCGACACCGGUUGUGCUUCGGCGUUCAAUGAAGCCUAGUGCGGAACAAUCCUCUACAAGCUUACAAGCGAAGGUGUGUCGGAACAGCUUUAUCGCCAAGCUGCUAGAAGAUCCCUCCCUUAGUCAGCUGUCCGAAGGCUUGGAUUACGAUCUGAUUGCAAAGCUAAUCGAAAACUCACUGCUCCGACUGAAGGAAUCACGCAACGGACUGGACAUGAGCGGUACCAAAGAUGAAGAUGAUGUGUCGAAGAUGAUCGAACAAUCGCUGCUAAAGAUACAGGAGGAACGUAGCAAGCUGGCCAACACUUCUACUCAGUCAUCUUCAGCGGUUAAAAUUCCGGAGAUCCAAAACGGUAGCAAACGGAGCAGUGUUAGCUCUGGCAACAGCUACGGAUCAGCCGCUGCAUACGAACUGAUGGAGUUUGAUCAGUUGGGUGAUUUGAGCGAUUGUUAUCAAAGCUGUAGCAGUGAUCUGACGGUGGACGAUGACGCGAAUUCGUCUCGCAGUAAGUUCUAUCAGAUGUUGGUAGACGCAACGCUUUCGGAGAUUGAAAUCAACACAACGAACGAUGAUGACGAUCAUCACUACGAAUCGAUCCGAUUGAACGGGGAUCCGAUCUACGAGGAGAUUAAUGAUAUACCGCCACCCUUGCCACUGACAGCGCCACCGAUCGAUGACGUGGAUCUGGAGAAGCAACGAAACGCACGGUCCAUCUUUGAGGGUGCCUCCAAGUACGAUAUCCUUUCGUACCUUGUGGACGCAAAGGAGCGUGGCAUCGUACAGGAGGAUGGUACGUACGGGUUCCAAUUCGGUGCUGCCGGUGAUGACAUCAUCCUGGAGGAGGAAGAAUCGGAACCGAUCACGGAACUGCGGCACCAUCAGCGACAGAUAUCCGACAUCAGCAGUCGGCUCAGUCACCUUUCGGGCAUUAGUGAUUCGAGUGAGGACACAUCCCUCUCGCCAGCGACGAUCAGCAAUGGCAGAAGUAGUAAAGCGUCUGCCGAGAUCGAACGCAACGAUUCGGGCGUUGGAUCGGAGACGAGCAAAACUUCCCGCAGCCGGUGGCAAAAUCCAGCCUCUGCCUCACUACUCACCAAGAUCACACCGAUCCACCUGUGCGAGGAUUGUGACGGUCCAGUGGAGACGCAAGUAACUGAGUCGGGCGUUAUGUACGCACCACUCGUUUGUCGCAAGUGUGGUAAGAAGCGGGCCGAGCGGAAAGAGAUCAUUACGGAGAUCGUUGAGACGGAGGAAAAGUACGGACGGGAUUUGCAGAUCAUACUCGAGGAGUUUUACCAGCCAAUGCUGGUGGCCGGACUGCUCAACCAGGAUCAGCUCUCUGCAAUCUUUUUGAACGUGGAAGAACUGCUGGAGAACAAUCAGUUCUUGGCCGAACGGAUGCGCGAUGCGCUGGACAUUGCGAACGAGCAGGGCGACGAUGACCUGCUGACGGUGAACAUCGGCAAGAUCUUCCUGGAGGCGGCCCCAAUGCUGCACGCGUUUGAGAGCUACUGUGUGCGGCAGGGUGCGGCCAGCCUGUUGCUGGCGAACCUCGAGAAGGAGAAAGAGCUGUUGCGGAUCUUUCUACGCGUAUCCCAGAUGGAAAAUGCCGUACUACGGCGAAUGAAUCUCAACUCGUUCCUUAUGGUCCCGGUGCAACGUGUCACCAAGUACCCACUGCUGUUGGCCCGCCUUUACAAGGUUACUCCGGCCCAUCUGGAGGGUAAAGAGCUGCUGAAGCAAUCGCAGGAAAAGAUUGAACUACAUCUAAACCACAUGAACCGGGAAGCGAAGGAUGUACCGACGAAGCUAUGGCGCCGAAUCUCAUCGUCCAGCCCAGGGCGCCGACUGUCCUGCGAACUGGACAUGAUCAAUAUUAAGCUGCGCAAGAUGGCGGUCGAUGUGCUGGAGUGGAAUCACGAGGAGGUCCGGUUCGCUAUCGAGGGACGGUUGCUUUUUACCCAGCCAAACGAUGGCAACUGGAAAAAGAGCCGAACGAUCAAGUUGACCUCUAUCAAUGCACUUUUGGUCACCAAUGGAAAGCCCACGGCCAGCUACAAAGCGGACCGGGCCCUGUCGGAAACGCUCAGCUUUCCCCGGCACACGGGCAUCCGCGAGGCAUCCCUGCUGCUGGUGCGCGAAAAGGGUGGCCGGUAUACGCUUCUACGCGAGCCACUGUUCCUUGACCGGUGCAUCGUCUGCUCCGAGCACGACUGGGAGGACUAUUUCGAGGUGCAGGAGAUCCUCUCGAAGGAGUCCUUCAUAUUCAAGGCUGAGGACGGUACGAAAACGAAACAGUGGUACGCCCAGCUACAGUACCAUUCGCAGGGUAUGGGCACCUGGCGUAAGCGUCGAAAUGCGCUCGCCAACAUCAUGAUUAAUGGCAUGAUGACACGAACGUAAGAAGCGGAAGCGAUGACUCCCCCG